AUGGCAGAAACGCACUUAACCAACCGUGCCAUCUACGAAGAGAUCGAUCGUACCAAACGAAACGACCCCGACGCAACAAUCUAUGGAGUUUGGAACUUUAUUCUUGCCCUCCAAUUUCCCUGCUCUGCCGGCUACGUGACCCGCUUCCAUGGCGAAAAUGAACUCUUAUUCCGUACGUAUCAUUAUAUGGAUUUUAAAACAAUUCCCACCAAUUUUCUUGUUGUCCAAUGCAAGAGACAGAGCCUACAGGCCCGGCCAUCGGGUUGGGAGGAAGGGGUGAACCAAUUGACUCAAUACCUGAGCGACACACACGGCAAACGUCCAAUCUGGCUCCGCCGCCCAGUUUACGGCUUUGUCGCCAUCGGAAAAUUGAUGAGAGUGUUCAAGUACGACGAUGAGAACGAAUGUGUUCUCAAUUGGGGACUACCUGGCUAUCCUAGUGGCAAUAUCUAUCACUUGGUGGACGACGAUGUUUUGAUCCAACAAAUCCUAGACUACAUUCGUGCGAAUCACUAA